UAACUUGUUUAUGAAUUCCAUUGUUGAUUAUAUAACAACAAGUGGUCGUUAGUUCAAUUUGUGACUUGUUGUGGACAUCUAGAGAUUGCUGUGCAGUUUUGGCAAAAAUGGCUAAUAGUGGCAGUUUAGCUCUGCUCUCCGUAUCGGACAAGACAGGUCUUCUGGAGCUAGGAAAAGCUUUAAAUGAAUUUGGUUUAACCUUAGUCGCCUCAGGAGGCACUGCAACAAGUUUAAGACAGGCUGGUUUAACUGUUAAAGAUGUAUCGGACAUCACAGGAGCUCCUGAGAUGUUGGGGGGACGUGUUAAGACUUUGCAUCCAGCUGUACAUGCUGGCAUACUGUCCAGGUUGACUGAUUCCGAUCAAUCCGACAUGAAAAAGCAAAACUACGACAUGAUAAGAGUGGUUGUCUGCAAUCUCUACCCAUUCGUCCAAACCAUUUCCAAGCCUGGAUGCACACAAGCCGAUGCUAUUGAAAACAUUGAUAUCGGUGGAGUCACUUUACUGAGAGCUGCUGCCAAAAACCACUCCAGAGUCACCGUCAUUUGUGAUCCUAAAGACUAUGAAAAGGUUUUGCAGGAAAUGAGAAACUCAGCAACGAGAGACACUACUUUGCAAACCAGGCAAAAGUUGGCUUUGAAGGCUUUUACUCAUACAUGUGAUUACGAUACUGCAAUUUCUGAUUACUUUAGAAAAGAAUACUCAUUUGGUGAAUCACAACUCAAUCUUAGAUAUGGUAUGAAUCCUCACCAAAAACCAGCACAAAUCUUCACAACGUUGCCCCAAUUGCCUUUAAAAGUCCUCAACAGUGCUCCUGGUUUCAUAAACUUAUGUGAUGCCCUUAAUGGGUGGCAACUUGUUAAAGAAUUGAAAAGGGCUCUUGGUUUACCAGCUGCCACCAGUUUUAAACACGUUUCACCUGCUGGGGCUGCUGUCGGGGUACCACUGAGCGAAGAACAGGCAAAGCUUUGCAUGGUAGACGACAUCUACUCCGAGCUAACACCAUUGGCAACUGCUUAUGCACGAGCUCGUGGUGCUGACAGGAUGUCUUCGUUUGGAGAUUUUGUUGCAGUUUCAGACGAAUGUGAUGCUGUCACUGCUAAAAUAAUCAGCAGAGAAGUCUCUGAUGGUAUUAUUGCUCCUGGAUAUACACCGGAGGCUUUGGAAAUUUUGAAAAAGAAGAAGAAUGGACUUUAUUGUGUACUUCAGAUUGAUCCCAACUACGAGCCCCAAGAAAUUGAAAGAAAGACCCUAUUCGGUCUAACAAUGGAGCAGAAACGCAAUGAUGCAGUUAUAGAUAAAGCACUGUUCUCCAACGUCGUGACUUCAGGUCCAAAAUUGACAGAAAGUGCUAUUCGUGACCUGAUAGUUGCAACUAUUGCCCUAAAAUACACCCAGAGCAACAGUGUGUGCUAUGCAAGAGACGGACAAGUUAUUGGAAUUGGGGCUGGACAGCAAUCCAGGAUCCAUUGCACCAGAUUGGCCGGGGAUAAAGCUGAUAACUGGUGGUUACGUCAGCACCCAAGAGUCACUUCAAUGAAAUUCCGCAAAGGAGUGAAACGUGCCGAAAUAUCAAAUGCCAUUGACAACUUUGUUAAUGGAACCAUAGGUAAAGACAUGCCAGUCUCCCAAUUCGAAUCAAUGUACGAACCAGGAAAUGUUCCAAAACUCUUAACCGAUUCUGAUAAGGCAGAGUGGCUGAAGCAGUUGUCUGGUGUUGCUUUGGGAUCUGAUGCAUUCUUCCCGUUCAGAGAUAACAUUGACAGAGCCAGACUGAGUGGAGUUUCCUACAUCGGCAGUCCAUCAGGUUCAAAUAAUGAUGAAGGUGUUAUCCAGGCUUGUAACGAGCAUGGAAUCGUUAUGGCUCAUACUAAUUUGAGACUUUUCCAUCACUAGAUUGUGAGGUACAGAUUUAUAGUAAUUUUGAUA